CUUGCAAUGUGGACUCUACAGACCGCGGGACUCUCUCUACCUUAGCUAGAACAAGAACAAGACGCCUCCACACAAACCAACAACUUUUCUAGCUGGCCGCGAUGAAAACUUUAUUUUUAUUCACUCCUUUUUCGUCCCUUUUCCUUCCCUUGCACAUAUAUCAUACACUAUGCUCUAUCUACAUCAUACAAACGUACAUACAUAUAUCCACACACAUACAUAGUUAACCCCCAGUCUCUCACAGUAUUUUCUUCAUCCUCGUCAUUCUCCUCCAUUUCCUCAUUUCUCCUCGUUGUGUGUGCCCUUUCCAUUCCGUAUCUUAUCAUACAAAUAUUCCGUUUGGACCUGUCGAAUGGUACCAAUUUCACACAAGGGAGGUUCGACAGAUACUUUUGUUCAAUUGGGACAUUGCGAUCUUGUUUUUUUUGGGGAAGGACGAAGCUAAAGAAUAAUUACGUCCAUUGUGAUUUCCCGCCAAGUGUUGACAAAACUAACAAAGACCAAAUUUCUGGUGGACUUUAUCACUUUCAACCCCCGAAAGCUUCUUUCUCCUUUUGCUUCGCCACAGUAAAAACAUCAAACAAACAUACCGUCCGAGGAGUCUUUCGCAGACUUUCUUCGCGACUUCCUCGGUCUGUGGCCCUUCUACGAUGCAUUCGUGCAAACGGGGAUUUUUAGAUAUUCGCUGUGCUCGAGUAGCUGAUACUUUUUGAUAUCUCUCAAGAGCGCACCGCUCGGCGCUGCAACAUCCACUUUUCCAAGCUCUUCUCUCAAAGGCCACAAAGAUGUUCACCCUUCUCCUGGAACUAUGGCAGCAAAUUGCGGCUCUCAAGCCAUCUUUUAUUUCCAAAAGUCCUCAUUUCAAUUUCAUCACGAUACAUUGUAAGUUCACAGAGACUCGCAUGGCGAAAUGGAAAAUUCCGGAUUGUGUAACGAGGCUAACUUUAUGCCAUGAAUAGAUUUCUGGAUCAUUGGAAUAACACUCCUCGGCUCUUUAUGUUUAUAUAUCCGAGGAGGAAUCGAUUACAUAGAUGCUCUAUUCUUCGCAAGUGGUGGUGCAACGCAAAGUGGCCUGAAUACUAUCAACCUCAAUGACCUGAACACAUGGCAGCAAACAGUUCUAUACUUGCUACCUAUAUUUACGAAUCCAAUCACGAUCAACUCUUUCGUUGUCUUCCUCCGAUUAUAUUGGUUUGAGAAACGAUUUCAGCACAUUGCUGCCCAAAAUAAAAAGAAUCGAAGGAGCAUUGGGAAGUCAUUCUCAAAGUCGAGAACAACUGAUGCCGGGACUGUAGAUCAAGAGAAAGGUGUUAAUGGCAGAAAUAUUGUUGUAAUGCACGGUACGACACGAGCGAAUGUUAUGCAAAAUGAUAAGGAUGUUAUUGUGGAUAUUCAAGAUGCAAUCGAAAAAGAAAGGGCCAUGAACAGGGCAGAGGCUAUUAAUGGUUCUGGGAGUAGUAACCUAUCAAGUACGGAGACGGCGAACGAUCCUAGUCCUACUUCUCAUCAGACACAAAUCAAGUUUGCCGAUCAAGUAAAGAGGAGUAAUGGAAUGGACGAUGAAGAAUUGCGAUUACCGGUUCGCCGCAGGGACGAGGAUCACAUCGCAUUUCUAGAACGUCAACGAAAUCCAGAAGACAGGACUAUCCUUCGAAUCCCGGGACCAAGAGAUGCAGAUGCUGGUGUAUCUCCACAAACCGUUGAGGAGGAGGAGGAGGAGAGAGGGGAUCCGCUCACAAGAACGUUAUCUCGCGUAUGUUCUGCAUAUUCUCGAAGGGGAAGCAUUGAUCGAGGAACUUUAAAUGGAGAGACACAAUGGCAAGAUCAUUAUCCGUCGAGGAAGCGCAAUAUCACAAUCGAAGUUCCGACGCAUCCCAAGGCUGAACGUGCGGUCGAUGAUGUGAAAGCUGCAGGUUCCACUAUCAAAGGCGUCAUGAGAUUUCGCAAUAACAGAACCAUUGAGCGCAACGAAGCCACCGAGACCCAAGGAAAUGGGGCCGUCAUCACAAAAUUGAAGUCGAGAGCUCCAACAUUUCAAAGCAUAAAGACAGCCCUUACUGGUGAAAAGGAAGAUCCCACUCCUUAUUUGAGCUGGGCGCCGACCAUAGGUCGUAAUUCAGCCUUCGUUGAUCUGACCGAGCAGCAAAGAGAAGAACUUGGUGGAAUAGAGUAUAGGUCAUUAAAAUCAUUGGCUUUAAUUUUGUCUUGUUACUUUAUAGGGUUUAGUAUAUUUGCUGUCGUUUGUCUAUUGCCUUGGAUUCUUCACAAUCAUACCUAUGGUUCAAUAGUCGAAGAGGUCGGCCAGGGCAGAGUGUGGUGGGGUAUUUUCACAGCCAAUUCUGCUUUCACGGAUCUGGGAUUUACCCUCACCCCGGACAGCAUGAUCUCUUUCAACACUGCUAUUUGGCCGCUCUUACUGAUGUCAUUUCUCAUUAUCAUUGGCAACACGGGAUUUCCGAUUAUGCUCAGAUUCAUCAUUUGGGUCACCACAUUGUGGGUACCUAGGAACAGUGGAAUUUGGGAGGAAUUGAGGUUUUUGCUCGAUCAUCCUCGUCGAUGUUUUACACUUCUUUUCCCAAGUAAAGCGACUUGGUGGCUCUUCUGGAUUCUUGUCAUAUUGAACGGCUUGGACUUGUUGUUCUUCAUUAUCCUUGAUGUGAGUUUAUCCAUCUCCGUACUAUUGUGACUUACUGACAGCCUAUCUUAGCUUGGCAAUUCGGUUGUAACUGAUUUGCCAGUGAACAUCCGCAUUCUUGAUGGUUGGUUCCAAGCUGCUUCCACAAGAACGGCUGGUUUUGGAGUCGUCAAUCUUGCCCUACUCCAUCCUGCUAUCCAGGUUUCCUAUCUAAUCAUGAUGUACAUUUCGGUUCUUCCUAUUGCCAUAUCUGUUCGUCGAACGAACGUUUAUGAGGAGAAAUCAUUGGGUAUAUACGGAUCGCCGUCAGAAGAAAAUGAGGAUGAGGGAGAACCAUCUUACGUCGGUGCCCAUCUUCGAAGACAAUUGUCUUUCGAUUUGUGGUAUAUUUUCUUGGGCUUUUUCAUCAUCUCAAUCGCCGAAGGUGGCCGACUUCAAGGUACUGAUCCAUCGAUUAACAUGUUUUCGGUCUUGUUUGAGAUUGUCAGUGCAUAUGGUACAGUUGGCCUGAGUUUAGGAUACCCAGGAAUUGAUGCCUCCUUGUCUGCCGAAUUUAACACUGUCUCGAAACUCGUCAUGAUCGCUAUGCAAAUUCGUGGACGUCAUCGUGGUCUUCCGUACGAACUUGACCGAGCCAUCUUAUUGCCAAGCGAGCAUUUAGCACAGAAAGAAGCUCAAGAUGCAGCACAAAGGGUUCAUCGUCGAAAUUCAAAUGCGACAAUAGUCAGCAAUAAAUUGGAUCUUGCAACCGUCAACACCGCUGUCCAAAGAUCCAACACGGAGCGUCAAGCCCCACAAUCGAGCUUUUUAAGCAGUCUCCUUCACCCUGGCCCAACAAUUCCUAACAGCCAUCGAGAUCAAGGUCUGAGUCAUAUUAGACGACACAGUGUAGCAACACCAGAAAGAGGAAGAAGCAUCAGCCCUAAAGCUAGUGGCGGUGUCUUUUCAAAAUGGAGCACCUCCGAUAAACAUCAAAAUAAUGUGGAUAAGAAAAUAUCUGAGUAAUAAAGGAGUAAUUUUUGAAGGCGAAAUAUGAAUAAACUGUACAAAAAAGCUAUUAUUUAAUUUUACUUGGGAGGGGAGAUUUGGGAGAACACGGGAUACUAUGAUAUUAUGAUACCUUAGAUCGAUUUUAUUCUGCUGGGCAUAUAAUAUUGAUGAUUUUGGAGUUUGUAUGUUGAUCGGAUGUGAUGGGUUUUAUAGACUUAAGCAUGGUUAGCGUUGUCGUUAUUUGUACUUGGGCAUCUUAGGGAAUUUUCAAUGGAUUACUACGGUGCGUAUGUAAAUCAAUCAAAUUUGAAGGUUGGGGAUUUGUGGUUUGUGUUUUGUGUUUAGGGUUGGGUUCCGGGGUUUAUGUUAGAUUACUUGGUAUGUAUGCAUGCAUGUAUAGGUAGGUGUUUUUGGGGGCUUUUCGGGAGAUCUUGGGAGUGUUGUUUGUGUGUUGCGGGAGUAGCUGGCUGGGCGAUCAGUUGGGAGUACAUGGCUGGGGAUUAGCUGAUGUUUCUUCUGAAUGUUCUGGAUGCUCUGAAUGUAGGAUUAUGGAUAGAUUGAUUGAUUCGAAUGUUAUGAUAUGGUAUGCGAUGGAGUGGAGUGAAGUGGAUUGAG